AAAAUUGAUUCAGAACGACCGAAUUCGUGUAGUAAGAAUGCCAAAAACCUCAAAAACUAAAGGUUAAGGUUAUGACAAGUUAUAAGAUUAUUGUGCACACAACUUCUUUGGUGACAACAAAUAUAUAAUUAAAAAAGUUAAACAAGAAAAAUGUGAAAAUAUGUGAAUUGAUUUGCAUUUGCUCAGUGUGUACAUACAAGUGUUGCACUAGUUGAGUGCAACUCUAGAUUCAUUCUGAACUUUUUGCAUUUUUCCUCUUUCUCGUCUCAACAUUUAAUACAAUAAUACAAUAUAUCUAUUUCUUUUCAAGUGCAGGAAAUGUAAUAGCACAAAACAGAUUCUUAGAGAGAUUAAUGUGGUUAUGUUGAUUAUGUCAAUUGAUCACGAUGAUCCGGGUGGAAGACGAUAUGUAUAUCAGCAUAUGAAUGCAUUUUUAUUGCCGAUGAUAUUGACGGGAUUUAUUUCGUGAAAAUAAUUUCUGGACAUUGACAUUUUAGAUAGAACAAAUAUUAAUCAUGGAGCGUGGAAAGACUGGGCUUGGUAGAGCAGUAAAAAAUAAGAUUGCUCAACAUCCUUCCGAUUUAUUUGCACUGGGAUCAAAGAGUUCACGGAAUGAUAACUCUGAUUCUAAAAGCAGACCAGGUGUUAUUCAUUCCAAACCUAGUGGCAGUUCUACAUCUUCUGGUAAUGACCGAAAGAAAGAGGCUCCUUCUGGAUCAUCGUUUAUGUACGUUCCACAGAAGAAGCCUAAGUUAACCCAUGUCAGCUCCCAUCAACGGCAACCUUCCUCCAGCGCGGAAGCAUGGGAGGUUUUAGUUAUAGAUACUGAUCCUGCAGACUUUGUGCCUAUGGCACUUGAGGCUAAUGACAAUGACGAAGGCGAUAGAGUUAUUGGGAUAAUAUGUGGCGCUAUUAAGACGCUAAAGAAUCUGAGAUGGAAGCCUGAUAAUUUACUUUAUAUGGGUUUGUUAUAUUUAGCAAAAAUCCGCCCAUCUAUUUUCUCAAACGAUUGCAUACUGCAUGCAUUAUCGUCUCUUUUAAGAAGGGAUUCAAAUAAUCAAAAUAGCUAUAAGACUAAAGUGAGUCCACUAGUUCCUGUACUAGCUGCAAAUCUCUUGAUGAAAGGUUUUCACGACAAAAAGAACUGGCCGGAAGUAUUUGUGAAGCUAUAUGUCGAAGAUGCUCUUGGAGAACGUGUAUGGGUUGAUCAUGAGGAAUGCAAAGGUUUUGUUGACAACAUACUAACAGGUUUUAACACGAGGCACCCACCUAAGUCUGUAUUGCAGCCAGAAUUUCCGGUAUUAAUGCAAAGGGAUUGUCCCAGCCCAUCUACAGUGGAUGAUGAGGAUCCAGCAGCAUCAAUGACAUCAUUAUCUGGAGAUAAAGAGAAAAUAGAAUUUCCAGUAAGUCCGCGGUAUGCGCAUUGCGUGGAAAAUAUAGAAUCAAUAGUACUGGAAGCUGUAAAGGAACAACUAAAUAGACGUCAAGCUGAGACUAUUACGAGAAAUUUCUUGAAGUUGCUUUCUUCAGCGUGUGGUUUUGUUGAGAUCAGAAAUAUCGCUGUCCCAAGGCUAGAAGUAUGGCUGCACAAUCCUAAGUUGAUGAGACCCGCGCAAGAAUUGCUUAUUUACAUUUGCUACAAUUGUACAUCUCAUACUCAAAGAGACGUGGAGGUUAUAAGUCAAUUGGUUAAGAUGAGAUUAAAGACGAAGGCUGUGAUAAACCUAUACUUGAAUGGCGUCAAGGAAUUGAUCGGAUUACAUCCAGAGAAUUUAGCUACCAUCCUGAAGCAUACAAUCUACAAUGAAUUAUCGAAUGCACGCAAUCCAAACAAUAUGCCCAUGUUGGGUAUAAUGUUUCAGACUUUGCCCGAACAAGCGGCAAAGUUGCUUGCAGAGAUCUUUCAAGAUUUAUUGAUGAAUCGCGAGGAUUACUUGAGGCCAUUGCGUGCAUUGCUUAGGGAAAUCAUACGUGUAUGUCGACACGACAUCAAUCUAAUCGUCUUCGUUCGAACUUUAAUGUCUGAACGACCGGACAUAGCUCAACAGUUGUUGAAUUUUGAAUUUAAGGAUCGCAUGUUUAUGUCAAUAGUGGAUCUACUGUGUCUGUGCAUGCUCUUAGGAAUAAGUCCGCAAGUAAAGGAAGCAGGGACAUUAUCGCAACGUGCAGAUAAGAAAGAUGCGGCUUUGCUGCAUCAAUUUCAAGAUCUCGUGGCCAUGAUACAAUACGAAACUGUGCUGUGGCUGCAGAAUUCAGCACAGCAGAUGUACACCGUUGGACGAAAUGAAUUGUUGCACGCGAUGCAUAAGAUCAUGCUCUUAGAAUCUCCUGAACAAUACUAUAAACUGGACAAUUGGCCACCAGAGUCGGACAGAGUAUUUUAUAUACGAUUGGUUUCUGAUGUUCCCUUGUUGCAAAGCACAUUGUGGAGAUUGCUAAUGAUUGGCUUUUCGAAAGAAAACGGCAUUACUCAUUCGGAGACUUUAGAUUUAGCCGAUUUAUUAAUACGGCGAGCAGCGGCCAAUUCGACGGAGAGUUUCCCGAUGUUACAAAUCGAUAAAAUGGACAUAAUUGAACUUAUUUUUAAUCUUAGUAUUUAUCAGCCACCGGGAACCAUAAAUAUACCUGCUGGAUAUGUACCACCAACGUUGGCAAUAGCUAAUCUUUAUUGGAAAGGAUGGAUAAUGUUAUUAAUUUUGGCCGCUCAUAAUCCAUCCACAAUUGGAGCACUAGGAUGGCGACGAUACCCUAUAUUGAGGACACUGAUGGAAAUGUGUAUUACAAAUCAUUUCUCAUAUCCACCGCCGACUAUGGCUCUGCCGGAGGUCAUGGAACAAGAACGUGCGAAAGAAAUGCAAGUUGAAGCUAUCGAGAAACAAGAGAUAUUAGAAUAUGAAUCGCAUUUGGCCGCAGCAUCGACCAGAAUUCAAUUAUCAGAACAGAAUAGUUUCCUGCUGUCGCAGUUAAUCACCAUGGAUACAAUGGGAAUUGCUAGAAGACCACCACCGGCCGUGCUCGAACAAAUACAGUCAUUAAAUACAUCUCACAGACUAGGUCAUCUGCUUUGUCGGUCACGUAAACCGGACUUCUUGUUGGAUAUCAUUCAGAGACAACAACAAAGCACGUCUCAGAGCAUGCCCUGGUUGGCAGAUCUUGUACAGAACAGCGAAGGUUCUCUAAGCCAAUUACCAGUGCAAUGCCUUUGUGAAUACUUAUUAUCAACUAGCCCGCAGACAGUUGAAAAACAGCCCAGACAGCAGCAGUUGUUGGCUCACCUUCAGACACUAUUAACUGAUCCGAAUCAGGAUCAGCAGCAUGCUUAUGAGGUUUUGGAAUAUUUCUUGAGGAGAUUGAGUAGUCAGCAGAGCGGUAGCCGGGUCCAAGCAAUCACUGGACUCAAGAUAGUUCUAGACUCGAUACCCCUUGAGGAUGAGAGUAUGGAUGUGGAUGGAGAAAAUGAAAAAGAGACUUGGCUUCUACGAAAAUUACCGUCGAUACCUCACUUCUUAUCGGUACGUUCGCUGGUUUCUACGGCACUACGUGGUGCUUGUCAGGUUGAGAACAGUCCAGAUCUUGUGCACACUUACAUAUCGUAUCUAGCCGUGCAUACUGUCGAUGAUGACUUACCUGACUUGACUGAUUUAGCCAACGAGAUUUCUCAAUUGGUCGUUGAACGUAGUACCAUUAUUGCGGCUAUCCUGCCUCAAUCUGAAAGUGAUAAUCCACAAACCAAACAAACAUUGCAUUCCUUCAUGGCAAUUUUUUGUAAUUAUCUUGAGAAAGCGCGAUCACCUAGAGGAGAAGAUUACCAAUGGUCUGAAAGUCAAGAUCAAAUUCUAGUUCAGUGGAGUAAUGGUGAAGAAUGCACUAUGCACAUUCUAGUAGUGCACGCUAUGAUUAUAUUAUUGACAUACGAUACAUCCGAAGACGAUCCAUUGUUUAAUAAUUUGUUGGAAACAUGGUUUCCUUUAACAGAACAACCGAAAGCAUUUCUCGUGGAUACUAGUGAAGAAGCGUUGCUUAUACCUGAUUGGCUUAAAUUGCGUAUGAUUAGAAGUAACGUGCCUCGAUUAGUCGACGCAGCCUUAAAGGAUCUUGAGCCUCAACAGUUAGUACUUUUUAUUCAAAGUUUUGGAAUACCUGUGUCGUCCAUGAGCAAACUGCUUCAUACGCUCGACGCAGGUGUUCAGAUUGAUCCUAGCUCCGUUGGCGAGGCGGUUUUAGACAAAACGUAUAUGGCACAACUAGUUGAGGUGCAACAUCGAAGAGGUGCUACAGGUGGACUGGUGUUCGUUCAGGUAUUGCAAUUACUGGAACCGCAAUUACCGGAUGAGAGUGUUGUGUCAAUCGAGAGUUUGCAGCAACCGUUGCCGGUUAGUGCCACAGUGCAAAAGCAGUCCGUCAUACAAUGCUCCGUGAAGACCGACGUGCCCCACUUGAUAAACAGACUCUUCAUCGAAAAUAUUCCAAUGAAUCAGAAAAUGGAUGCUUAUCGACGUUUGCACAAGACUCUGGCGAAGGAUCUGCAGAGAUCAAGUGUAAAGAUAUGUAGCGUUCUCAGCUCUAUGCAGGUCAAGCAGUUUCUGGCCUCACUUGUGCACAUGCCGCAGUACUCUUGCACGCUAAUGCGCGUGAUACUGUUACCGCUUAAGAGAUCGACAUCGAAACACGUGAUUGAAUUAGCACGUAAUAUGUGUUUAAAUUUGAUAUCGCUGAUAGGCGAUGUAAAAGCUCCAGUUCUGUCGAUUUUGCGAGAUUUCGCUAACGUGCAGUUGACGAAAACGCCUCAACGCGCGGAACUGUCGAUGCUGAUGAGCCACGGCGAGAGUCCAGGCUCGAUACUGGAGAAUACGGAUCCCGUGAAUCUGGAGGGUGUGGGCCGUAAACUAUUGGAUGUCUGUUUAAAGCAGCAGAAGAAUGACGAUCUGGUCGAGGCUAUGGCAAGAUUAUUGGUCAGCGAUAGUAACGAAGACGCACUGAAACCUCGUAUGGGUUUACUGAUCGAUUGGCUGGCCUCCGUGGAGCCAGAGUUGAUCGGUAUUUGCCCGAAUCUCCAAAUGAAGCUACUGUUCGGUAAGGCGAAGAUGCAUAUCAACAUCGACAAGAACGUCGUGAGCUCUCAUUCUUGCAGACCUUACUUGUUGACGCUCUUGACGCAUACAGCAAGUUGGACCACUUUGUAUAAAUGUGUCGGACACUUGUUAGACAAAUGUGAUGACGGAUACGAUUCUACAGCAGUUCUGGACUUUUUAUGGGCUCUGACAUGCAAUCCUAAGCUGUGGCAGGGCCGAGACAAGUUUACUCCGAAGCAUUAUGUUCCUGAGAAUAUUCUAUUGUUGGAAGAACGACAGCUACUUAAUUUAGUGGCAUAUAUAGUGUCUGAAGGCGUUAUUAUCUGUAAAAUGCAGAACAGAAAUGCCGCCCUAGCGAGAAUGGAUAUUAGACUCGAUCUACUCUUACACUGUAUAUCCACCGAAGACAGCCUGAUUCCUAAUGUGGUUAAUUAUUUAGCGGAACGUAUGAUGGAUAAUACUGAUACAGACUCAGCAGAUAUGGCGCAUCAGUUUCUACUGCAUAUGUACAUGAAGAUUCCGAAAGUCAUUUGUUACCUCGACACUUUCCAAGCGAGCAAGUUCGUCAAUGGUUCGAGAAUUACCGAUUGGACGGGUUCGGUGCUUGACUGCAUGAGUCACUCCCUGUUGACGGCUCUGGCGGCGACCCCGAGACAAAAAUCGUGGAAUUCCAAGUCUCAGGAAUUCGAACUCUGUGCGAGAAAAAUGGCCGCAGUACAUCCUAUAUUAGUACUGCGACAAUUGCCGAUGUUGGCAUCUUCUUUGAUGGGAAGAUGUUAUCUUGAUUUCGGUUCAUUUAGAUCCGGCCAUCAUUUGAAUCUUUUCAAUCAAGUUAUGGGGUUAUUGGAAUUAUUGCAGCCACAUCUGUUUAACGAGCAACAUGAGACUGCAUUGGAGAAUACUUUGGGAAAUUACUUCCAGUGUUUUCAGAAUUAUGGGCAUAUAAAAGAUCUCGUCUCUUUGCUGAACAGAUUUGUGUCAUUAUUACAAUCCUAUGUAUCACAUGAUCCACAACGAGCAUUGAAAUAUCUUCAGAAACACGCACAUGCUUUACAUGAGUUACAGGUACAUUAUUCAAACGUACCCGCUUUGAGAACACUCGUAUCAGGAAUACCGAUGCCGAGAGAGGGAGAAGAUAUGGAUGAUAUUUUAAUCACCGUAACUCCCGCGCUACAUCCACCGGAACCCACUAUUCCGCAACAUUGGCAAUCGCUGCUAACUACACUUGCUAAGCUGCAUGGAGAAGAUGUACUCAGUGCGCUUCAAGAAAUCGAGCAUGUGGCAUUGCGAAAACCUUCAGUUUUGGAGCCUAUAACGGACAACAUAGCGGAAUUACUUGUAUCACCGCAAAGUAAUAUCAGAUCACUCGCUCACAGUCUACUCGCUAGAGCAUUGAAAUACCGUCCUACAUCGAACGCGAACAUAUUAUCGGCGUUUCAAAGAUGCUUGGACAGUCACAGAGCGGAUGUCCUUAUGUCAGCUUUAGAAAAAUUACCGGAUAUCGUAUUAUGCAUGCAAGAACACGCUUUACCGUUGCUGCAGAGGGUGUUCGAGUUGGGAGUAAAUUCGAAUGUCAACACGAUACCUUAUAUUACUAAGACUAUAGCUUUGUUAAAUACACAGCAAGGUUGUUAACGUCUGAAAUUGUUAGUUUUGUAAAUAUUAUUUGUAAGACUUUUUUUACAAUUAAAAUAGAACAGUGAAAGA